AUGAUUCGAUCCAUCCCUAAUCAGUUCCAAAACAUUAGAGCUCAAUCAAACCAAGCAAGAACCAUCUCAAGCAAGUACAAAUCUCCUCAAUUCGCCAAGAAUCCAUCAUGUCUGACGUCUUGAGUCGGGCCAAAGAAAAGUCGCGUCGGCGGAAAGAGCUUAUAAAACACACCUUGGGGGUCGACGACUUGGACCACGCCCUGGGCGGGUCCAGUCCCGCCUAUAUGAAAGGAGUCGGAGCCCAUGCAGGGUUGUCACGCGAAUCCACUUCCCAUUUGAGGGCGGAUGACACCGAAUUUGAGGCCAAGAGAGCCAAAUCUUCAAUCGAAGCCUCAUUCCAAAUCGACAGCAUAAAUCGAAGACGAAGUUCGGAACGCUCUUCGGUUGCAAAUCCCGGAGAUGUCGAGGAAUUCCGCGAUUCCACCGCCUUUUUAAAAGGCACCCAAUCGCUCAACCCGCAUAAUGAUUACAGUCAAAAUUUCGUAGAUACGGGCCACCGUCCUCAGAAUUUCAUCCGAGAUGUCGGAUUGGCCGAUCGUUUCGAAGAGUAUCCCAAGCUUCGGGAACUGAUUCGGCUGAAAAAUGAUUUAGUUACCCGCACAGCUCAUCCACCCAUGUACCUUAAAGCUGAUCUGGAGACUUUCGACUUGAAGAAAGUGGGUCAGAAGUUCGAUGUGAUCCUCAUUGAACCACCUCUGGAGGAAUAUGCUCGGUCUUACGGUGUGAGCAAUGUCAAGUUCUGGGAUUGGGACAAGAUCAUGGCCUUGGAUGUGGGCGAAGUGGCCGCUAAUAGGGCCUUUAUUUUCCUUUGGUGUGGAUCUUCGGAUGGUCUGGACUUGGGUCGUUUAUGUCUUCAGAACUGGGGUUUCCGUCGAUGUGAGGAUAUUUGUUGGAUACAGACCAACCUCAAGAACAAGGCCAAGAAGGCUCUAGAACCCAAUGCCGUGUUCCAAAGGACCAAAGAGCAUUGUCUCAUGGGCAUCAAGGGAACAGUUCGGCGCUCCACGGAUGGCGAUUUCAUUCACGCCAAUGUGGAUAUUGACUUGAUUAUUGAUGAAGAAGCCGAACCGGGAUCGUUGGACAAACCCAUUGAGAUGUUCCAUAUCAUCGAGCAUUUCUGUCUCGGACGAAGACGACUCCACCUUUUUGGACGGGAUAGCACGAUUCGUCCGGGAUGGUUGACCUUGGGCGAAGGUUUAACCAUGUCUAAUUAUGAUGAGACCAUGUACCAAGGGUAUUUUUCGGAAAACACCACCACCGGGUGCUCCGAUCGGAUUGAGUCGCUAAGACCCAAAUCGCCACCACUCAAGUCCGGACAAAGAGGUCGUGGUGGUCGCGGAGGAUCUCGUGGAGGUGGGGGUCGAGGAAAGCGGUGAUAGCCAAUACAUAUUGUCUAAUUUCUUGGUGUCUGGACUUGUGAUGCUUUGUUUCUCGAACGGCUAAGAAAAUAAUAACUUUCAGCUCCGUGUCUUUUAUGAUAUAAUAAAGAACUUACAUCUACU